AUGAUGAUUCCUAGGUGGGGACUUCGGGAUGAUCGUAAGCGAUUGCUAGAGACACUGAGUUAUAUGGCUGAGUGUCAGGCUUGGUUCAGCGUCACACCGGAGUGUAUCGCACGGCGUCAAGCACAGGUUUGUGCUACGGAUCUUGUUAUUGACGCCUAUGCUGGUGUCGGUGGUAACAGCAUACAGUUCGCAAAUACUUGUGGUCUAGUACUUGCAAUCGAGCACAAUAUGUCUCGUAUCCAACUAUUGGAACACAAUGCAAAAAUCUACGGUGUAGCUUCACGAAUUUUGCUCAUUUGUGGUGAUGUGGAAAAAGUGCUCCGUUCUCUCCGACGGGAAACUGGGAUCUCCGCCUCCGGUGAGACUGUGGAAUCCGCAAAUAACCCGUGCUCCUCACCAGACGAGAGCGUCAAACAAUCGAUUGGACCCGUGUUCCCAAUAGUUUUUAUGUCCCCACCUUGGGGUGGUCCAGGCUAUACGGGUGUCGUUCUUCCACCCGGUUCUAGCAGCUGGAAUACCAGAAAACGACGUCAAUGGUUUGCUCUGUCGAUGAAUGCCGUGGAGCCGACCAAGAACUUGGAGGAAUUG